UUAAAACAAUUUCUUUUUGAGUUGAAACGUAUUGCAAUUUGAACGCGACCAUAAAAUUUUUACUUUUGUCACAUUCUGCUAUGAAGGCUUCGAACAGUAGUAUGUUCGAAGCUUCUCGUAGUUCGUACAAAGUUUGAGGUUAAGUGCAUUGUGUGGCCACGUGUCACGCAAAAACGAGAAUCAACAGUUACAGUAGCAGUGUGGUGAUUUAUGUGAUUUAAAGUACGAUAAUUUAACCAAUUCAUUUAUUUUACGAAAGGAUUUGACGAGAAUCCACUGCUAUUCAAUUUUGAACUCUAAAGAAACUGUGUUGUGCUACUGCAGUCGAAAUGGAUAAGCUACAAAGGUUGUAUAUGGAUUACAAACGAUGGGUGAUUACCAACCCUAAGCUAGUGACGGACAUAGAGACUUUAGCAACGUGGUCGCCAUACCUCAUGGGGGGACACAUGAACAAAUCACCUGUAAUAUCAGAACUGCUGGUCACGCUUUCCAAACUUGUGUCGCUGUUCAACGACAGGAUUUUAAGGGAAACCUAUGACAUUAAGGAACCUUACUACGGUCUACGGCACCAGAUCAAACUCUUGUUAACAAUAAUUCAAUACAGUGAAGUUUUUGUUGAAAUGUUAGUAAGAAACAAAUGCGGAUCGCAAGCAAAAUGGACUGUGAUAACGUUACUGCAAGCUUUUAAAUGUUCUUCAGCUCUUGUCCUGCUGUUCAGGUACAAGGAGCUACCGAUAGAGUCUCCACCAAUACCAGUGUUACGAAGGAAGGAGAUCUUCAAAGGGAGAAAGAGUGAUGAGAACUCGAAUACAUGUUUUGUUCUACCGAGAUCGGGACGAAUAAUGCGCCGUGUUAAUGGAUCUCAAGGCGUCGCUUUUCGUGACUGGGAGCCCAUGAAAAUAAAGGAGGUUUCUGGAGCGUCAAAUGUGCAAGAUCUGGUUUUUGCUGAGUCAUUGCAUAUCUUGAAGCCUCUAAUACAUUUGGCAUCGAUGAGAAUAUUUGGCAUUAAAUCGUGGAUGCAAUGGAUGGUAGCUCUUUUUGUGGAUAUGGUUAGUCUGAAAUUGUAUAACAAAUACAAGAAAGAGUUAUCAAGUGAACAGCAACUGGAGAUUAGUCGCAGAAAGUUGGCUCUUGUGUUCUAUCUUUUGAGGAGUCCAAUGUAUGAAGGUUAUUCAAAGGAUGUCAUGGAUAAUAUCCCCUUAACGCCAUUUAUACGCGGCAUAAUCGAUCGUUAUUUAUGUCACUGGCAAGAUGUCUACUUACACAUGUGGAGUUCAUAAAGAUCUAUCAUGGCAUAGAUGUUUUGGGUUUAUUAGACAUGAAGAAAAUGUGCCAAAUCUGUCUCCCUUGUACUUCGCGUUGCGUCGCGAAAAUUCUUUACCUUUAUUUUUUGUGAUACUGUCGACUCACGUUAAUUCAAACCUUCCUAAAAUUCGACGUUACCAUGAGGUCCCUAGAAAAAUCUCUAUACAUCUAACUAAAUCAAUACAUUACUGUACACUUGAUAUUCCUCGUAACCAAAUGACGCGUUAAUUCGUACUAAUCAGCAUAAAAUUCUUGAAAAUUCGAAGUUUAAGAUAGAGCCAAAAGAUGCAAAAUCCUCUAGUUUUGAAUUAACGAGUGACGACUGUCAACUGUAUGUCAUUCGAUGUACGAGGAUAUAUAAUAAGAUGAUUGUGUAAUUUAAUUAAUUUGAACGCAACUUUCAUAAUUUUUAAAUGAAAUUAAGUUUAGAAAUUGUGUCUUUUACCCCUUUUCCGUAUGGAUUUAUGGUUUAAAAAUUUAUGUGUUAUAAAAUGAAGCGUAGCUAUGAACGAGCAUGGGUACCUACU